AUGGCGCAAGGCAUGCCGGGAGGACGGGGAAAUGGCACUUCCGUGCUUGUAGAAGUAGCAAUCAGUGGUGGCCUUCUGUACAAAUUCAUAGGCAGUAUUACUUCUUCGGUUGUUAGCUUCCUCAUAACAUCCCUUCAUGAUUCUUUUCAGGUUAUUGAUGAGACACUUGAUGUUAAAGAAAUGAUUUUCAAUCCUGAGCGAGUUGGUGGACUGAUGGAUGAACCGAAAACCGACCGUUCUCUGCGUGAUGACUUCAGCUUCAGCAGCAGCGCUCUCAUUGGCCUUCUGGUGAUAGCAGUUGCCAUAGCUACAGUUAUAGUCAUAAGCUUGGUGAUGUUGAGGAAGAGGCAGUAUGGAACCAUCAGCCAUGGAAUUGUAGAGGUUGACCCAAUGCUAACUCCAGAGGAAAGGCAUCUGAACAAGAUGCAGAACCACGGCUAUGAGAACCCAACAUACAAAUAUCUUGAGCAGAUGCAGAUUUAAAGGGUGUUGAAACCAUUGCAUCCCUGACCAGCAAAUGUUUAGGGGAGAAAGGGCCAAAAUUGUCCAUUGUUUUGGAUCAACUACUGACCAACUGUUGCUUGGAGAGGACUUCAUCUUACAUUCAGAGUUCCUGGAUCAUUUAAGACUUAAUUACUACUGUAGAGUUUCAAUUUCCAUUCUUUUAAACGGGUGAGGAAAUGACAAUAUAACAAUAUAUGAUAUAUAAAACAUAAAUGGGAAAAUGGAUCUAUUGCAGAUAUUUGAGAUGUAAUUUUUUUUCUUUUUUAAGAAGCCUAAUCUAAUGAGAAGAAAUUCCAGUGCUGUUGUAUUGUCUGAUAGCAAGCUCUCUCUAUACAUGAGAUUUUUGUUUUAUUUCUGAUUCUCUGAUUGUAUAUUUCAGGGUAUUUGUACCAACCACAUUGUAUAAACAGGUAAUUUAGUGGCUCUUCGGUCAUUCUGGCUUGCAGAUUUUUAUUUUUUAUAUAUAUAUACAUAUAU